GAUCAAUCUCUGCUUACUACACACGGAUUUCAUUGAUAAAUUUUGUUUGUUUGUAUCACGGCUAUUGUUUAGGUGAUAGUUUUCUUGAAUACGGUUUUAAAAGUAAAGCCGCCUGAAUGCAGAGCAGGGAGAAGAUGAUAACGGAGCAGCUGCGGAAUCCGAAUGAGCUGGACAUCAGCCUUCGGAUGGAGUUUGGUCCAUUUGAAACUGUACACAAAUGGAAGAAGUUAUCAGAGUGCUAUGAGUUUGUUGGAGCCAAACGGAGCAAGCACACAGCGGUGGCCUACAAAGACGCGAUAUACGUGUUCGGCGGCGACAACGGCAAGUUCAUGCUCAACGACCUGGUCAGGUUCGACAUCUGGGAGAUGUCCUGGACCAAAGUGGGCUUCCAGGGCACCCCGCCGGCUCCGAGAUACCACCACUCUGCUGUUGUGCACCGUUCAUCCAUGUUUGUGUUCGGCGGCUACACGGGCGACAUACUGGCCAACUCCAACCUCACCAACAAGAACGACCUCUUCGAGUUCAAGUUCUCCAGCGCGCAGUGGGUGCAGUGGAAGUUCCAGGGGCAGGAGCCAGUGCCGCGGUCAGCGCACGGCGCAGCAGUUUACGAUGACAAGCUGUGGAUCUUCGCCGGGUACGACGGCAAUGCGCGGCUCAACGACAUGUGGACCAUCAACUUAGUGGGCGACAACCACCAAUGGGAGCGCGUGGAGCAGAAAGGUCAAUGCCCCCCCACCUGCUGCAACUUCCCCGUGGCGGUGGCGCGGGGCAAGAUGUUCGUGUUCAGCGGGCAGAGCGGCGCCAAGAUCACCAACGCACUCUUCCAAUUCGACUUCGAGACGCACACUUGGAGCCGCGUCUGCACAGAGCACUUGCUCCGCUGCGCGGGUCCCGCGCCGGCGCGCCGCUACGGACACGUGAUGGUGUCCCACGGACGGCACCUCUACGUCUUCGGAGGCGCCGCCGACAGCACCCUACCCAGUGACUUGCACAGCUUCGACCUUGACACUCAGAUGUGGUCGGUGGUACACCCGGCGCACGACUCGCAGGUGCCGGUGGGGCGGCUGUUCCACGCGGGCGCCGUGGUGGGCGACGCGCUGUACGUGUUCGGCGGCACCGUCGACAACAACGUGCGCAGCGGGGAGCUCUUCUGCUUCCAGUUGUCAGACUACCCGCGCUGCACUCUCCACGAUGACUUCGGCCGCAUACUUAAAUCCCAGCAGUUCUGCGACGUGGUAGUCCUGGUGGGAGUUGAAGAGAGCUGCGUGCUAGCACACCAGGCGCUGUUAGCUGCCAGGUCUACAUACCUACGUGCCAGGAUACAGGAAGCGCGCGAAGAACUAUCCCGACGCAUAGACGAGGGCCUCGAAAAGCCCCUAGAAGUAUACGACUACAAGGCGAAGCCGCGGCUCACGCUAAAGUUACCUGAAGCCACCCCGGAGGCGUUCGACAUGGUGCUCAACUUCAUAUACACGGACCGGAUCGACCCGAGCGAGAAAUACGAGGACCCUGAAAAGCCCUCCACCAUUUUACAAGUAAUGGAAGUCCUCCGCCUAGCACUACGCCUGAACAUUCCUCGCCUCCGUGGGCUAUGCGCCCGCUUCCUCAAGGCCAACCUGUGCUACAGCAACGUGUUGCCAGCUCUCCACUCCGCGCACCACGCCCAGGUGCAUUCCGUCAAGGAGUACUGUCUCAGAUUUCUAGUCAAGGACUACAAUUUUACGCAAAUAGUGAUGUCACCAGAAUUCGAAACGAUGGAAAAGAGCCUCAUGGUGGAAAUGAUCCGUCGUCGGCACCGACCACAGGCCAAACCACCGGCGCCGCAAGAGAGCGACGAAGAUAUUAUAGGAACAACCCUCGAGCAAGACAUGUCCGUGUUCCUGGGCGGCGCCGGCGCAGGCCUGAGCGACGUGCGGCUGCGCGUGGGCGCCGCGUGGCGCGCCGCGCACCGCUCCAUCCUGGCCGCGCGCGCCGCCUACUUCGAGGCCAUGUUCCGCUCCUUCUGUCCCACAGACAACACAGUCAACAUUCAGAUAUGCGACACGGUGCCUUCAGAGGAGGCUUUCGACUCGCUGCUGCGCUACAUUUACUAUGGAGACACCAACAUGCCUACGGAAGAUUCGCUCUAUUUGUUCCAAGCUCCCAUUUAUUACGGUUUCACUAACAACCGUCUCCAAGUAUUCUGCAAGCACAAUCUACAGAGCAAUGUCACCCCGGACAACGUGUUAGCGAUAUUACAAGCGGCGGACCGAAUGCGCGCCGCCGACAUCAAGGAAUACGCGCUCAAGAUGAUCGUCCACAACUUCUACCAGCUGGCCCACCAGGAGUCCAUAAAGACCCUCCCGCAACCCCUGCUGGUCGACAUCGUGGUGGCGCUGGCCACCGCGCGCCGCGCCGACUCCCCCCUCCCCGCGCAGCCGCGCUCCCUCCCCUCCUCCUCCUCCGCCGACACGCUGGCCGACGACGACCACAGGAGGAAGGACCAUCCCAACUAUUGGUAGUUAGGACUGAACUAAACCGACAUUCAUGCAGUCCACAGCCGCGCUUACUGAACCACAGACUAUACUGCAAAACGUAAUUCAAGGCCAAAAAAAGUAAGACAAUGUUGCCACUGCAAUAAAUUGUUUGUAAAAUAGUAAAUUGAUUUUGAUAAAUAAUCACGCUGAGAUAAUUUAUUUAUUAGUAAUUUUACUCCUGCAAUUUAAAAAAGUACUUUUAGUUACUAUUUUUACAUAAACAUAAGACGCGCUAGUAAAAAAGUGGCAACUUGUCUUACUUUUUUGGUCUUUAAUUACGUUUUGCAGUUUAAAUAAUAGUACUACCGUGCAGAAAGGACACUUCCUACAAAACCGAAGUUUGAUAGCGAUUCGGGGACGAACCAUGCUAUCCCUUUCGGCUAUUUAGGGUUGUCAAAAUUCAAGCCAUUAUCUUAUCUGUGGUCGUGCACGCAAAAGGACGUCAAGUGGUGCCAACCCUAUUAAUUGCUCGGAGCAAUGCUGAGCCGAACGGAGCCGAGUUUGCCCGAAGUCAGGAGUGUGUCCCCACUGACUGAACUUAAGACAUCUUAGUUAGACAUGAGAUGAUGAGACUCCACAGUCUGGCUCGCUCCCUUCGGUCUCGUCCGCAAACACGGCUGAUAAGGACCAUUGUAGGAAACCGGACCAUCCCAUAUUAGUAGUUAGGCCUGCAAGCCUAUUAUGGACGACUUUGUCCACGUGACAAAAUAUCAGUCACUUUAACAGAGCGCGUAUGAAAGUGACGGAUGCCGUUUUAUCACGCUGUCACGUAGACAACGACUAUCUUAUCCGUAUUGAACUGAACAGACGUCCAUGAAGUCUACAGCCGCGUACGCUUCCCUGGUCGGCGUCCACCGACACAUUAGAACGAUGAUGAAUUGAUAAUACAUAAAUUGUAGAAAUGGGGCGAGUCCUUGUACAGUCGCCAUCAGAUAUAUCGAAGCGGCCGAGGUGCUCAAAAAUAUAUGAACACGCACUCUAACGCCUUGACAGUAGAAGCGUGUUCAGAUAUUUGUGAACACCUUGGCCGCAUCGAUAUAUUUGAUGGCGACUGUACUGUAUAGAAAUUAUAUAUGUCAUGCAACAGUUUUGAUUAUACGUAGUCAAUUAUUAGAUAUAUAAGUUAUUAACACAUUGAUUUGUAUAUAAAAAAGAACAUUAUUAAUUUCAGAGUGAAAAGAUAGAUAUAUGUUAUGUUAUAAAGAUUGUGUAACUUUCCUAUACAUAUAGAUAGGCAAUGUAUUAUAUUUGUUAGCUAAGACUGCAUUUAUUAUAUUAUUAACGCUUAUAGGAGAUACGUUUUCAAUUUGAAUAUUACUACAUGUUUUAGCAAACUAUAUACACACCUAAAAAAAUAGUUAUUUGUUUUACAAGGCGGCAAAGUUAUUGUUUAACCGCUAGUGCUAAUUUUGAUUGCGAAGAGCUUAACGCAUUCACUGCCAGGGAGCGUGGCCUAGGAACAAACUUGUAUGGCCGUGAACGCACAUGUGCGUUGGGGGCAGUGAAUGUGUUAACCCUUCAUAUGCGUUUAUCAAAUAUUUGCUACUGAAGAAUCUUGAAAUUGUAAAUUACAGCCCAAAUUGUGUGGAAGAUAUACUGGACAAAGCAUGGGAAAGGUUAAACAGAUUAUUUUCCCAUUAAGAUAAUGGUCUAAGGCUAGUUAAAAUCCAAAUUGAUUAUAAUUGGACGUCAAAGAUAAUAUAUGUUUACACUUUUGCACCUUACUCCUUAGUAAUAAAGCGAAAAGUGUAAACAUAUAUUUGACGUCGACUGCACCAUAAUGGAAUUAAAUGUUUUGAGAAGCACUUGUUUAGAUGUCAUGUUAGCGUGCACUUUAUUUACGUAAUUUUCUUUUAUAGAUAUGUAAGAAAUAUUUACUAAUCUAGUCAUUUUAAAGUGUAUUGAUACAUUUAAAAUCAUAUUACUGCAUCUAACAUGACAUUAAGCUUAGAAUAAAUUUAAAAGUGGAAAAAUUACUGUCUUGGGUGAGACUUGAACUCACGGCCUCUGGAUCGAUACUCCAGCGCUCUGCCAUCUGAGCCACCAAGA